AUGCUGUCGCUGCACAGGCUGAACCUGAGGCUGCAGCCGCAGCUGGUGCGGUCGCUCGCAGGGGCGGCGGGGCUGUGCGUGGGCGACGCGCUGGGCCAGAUGGCGUCCCUUGGGAGGGUGGACGGCCGGCGGGUGGCCAGAGUGGGGGUCUACGGCCUGAUGUUCCACGCGCAUGCCUGCCACCUCUUCUACUCGGCGAUGGACAAGCUCAUAUUCCCGGGGAGCCCUGCGAGUCCCCUGUGCGUGGCGACCAAGCUGCUGCUGGAUCAGGCGGUGUUCAGCCCGACGAUGUGCGCUGCGUACUACACGGCCAUGAAGACCCUGGAGGGCGCUCCGUGGGAGGCGCCCGCCGCGCUGAGGCAGAACCUCAUGCCCACGGUCACGGCCGCGUGGGCGUUCUGGGUGCCCGCGCAGACCGUCAACUUCAGGCUGGUAACACCGGAGAACAGAGUCCUGGUCUCUUUGGGACUAUCGGUCCUUUGGAACGCCCUGCUCUCGACGAUAGCCACGGCGAACGAGCGGCCGCUGGCGGACUCACUGGGCCACAUCAAGACGGCCACGGCCGCCGGGAGGACCACCAACGCGCUCAUGGCUCGCACGGCAUCGUUCGCGGCAGCCUGA